GAAUACAGGCGGAGGGAGAAGAAGAAGCAGUAGAAGAAGAAGACGCAGAAGACGACGAAGAAGAGUCCGUGGUGUUUUCCUGGGUGGAUGGCCUUCGCCGGAUUUAGCCUGUCAAAACUGCACUGAAACGAGAGCAACGUGGGAUAAAGUCAGUGAAAUCAGGUACUGUUUGGACUUUAAACUGACUGAGACUUGAACAGGCCCAAAAGAGAAAUCCAGUGUUCCCCUCCCCGACCUCCCAUUCCUGACCCUCUCUGAAACACAUCUCUCACCAUGAAUGAAGUUAAUAUAGUCAGAGAGGGAUGGCUUCACAAAAGAGGUGAAUAUAUCAAAACAUGGAGGCCCAGGUAUUUCAUCCUGAAGAGUGAUGGCUCCUUCAUUGGCUACAAGGAGAAGCCUGAUCUAAAUGACCAGACUUCGCCACCACUCAACAACUUCUCAGUGGCAGAAUGCCAGUUAAUGAAGACAGAAAGACCCCGGCCUAACACAUUUGUCAUCCGUUGCCUACAGUGGACCACUGUCAUUGAACGCACCUUUCAUGUGGAGAGCAAUGAGGAGAGAGAGGAAUGGAUGCGGACAAUCCAGUCUGUGGCAAAUAGCCUGAAGAUGCGAGAACAGGAGGAUGAGGAGCCAAUGGAUAUGUUUGGUUCACCCAGCGAAAGCAGCCUGGAGGAGAUGGAGGUGGCCAUGUCCAAGAGCCGCAACAAAGUGACAAUGAGUGACUUUGAGUAUCUAAAGCUACUUGGCAAGGGAACAUUUGGCAAGGUGAUUCUGGUCAAAGAGAAGUCCACUGGAGUACAUUACGCCAUGAAAAUACUGCGCAAAGAGGUCAUAAUAGCCAAGGAUGAGGUGGCCCACACAGUUACAGAGAGCAGAGUGUUACAAAACACACGUCACCCCUUCCUGACGACACUGAAAUAUGCUUUCCAAACCAACGAUCGGCUCUGUUUUGUAAUGGAAUACGCCAACGGAGGCGAGCUCUUCUUCCACCUGUCGCGGGAACGAGUUUUCACAGAAGACCGGGCGCGCUUCUACGGUGCAGAGAUUGUGUCAGCGCUCGAGUACCUUCAUUCACGUGACGUCGUUUACCGUGAUCUGAAGCUGGAGAAUCUGAUGCUGGACAAAGAUGGCCACAUCAAAAUCACCGACUUUGGCCUAUGUAAGGAGGGCAUCACUCCAGAUGCUACCAUGAAAACCUUCUGUGGAACUCCCGAAUAUCUAGCACCUGAGGUCCUAGAAGACAAUGACUAUGGCCGGGCGGUGGACUGGUGGGGCCUGGGCGUCGUCAUGUAUGAGAUGAUGUGUGGCCGUCUUCCUUUCUACAACCAGGACCACGAGCGCCUGUUUGAGCUCAUCCUCAUGGAGGAGAUCCGCUUCCCCAGGAACCUGUCGCCCGAGGCCAAGUCCCUGCUGGCUGGCCUGCUCAAGAAGGACCCCAAACAGAGGUUAGGUGGAGGUCCCAAUGAUGCCAAAGAAGUUAUGAGUCACAAGUUCUUCAUCAGCAUCAACUGGCAGGAUGUGGUACAGAAGAAGCUCACCGCACUCUUCAGACCACAAGUGACAUCAGAGACAGACACCCGGUACUUUGACGAAGAGUUCACAGCGCAGACUAUCACGCUCACUCCUCCGGACAAAUAUAACAGUCUGGACUGUGAGGAUCCCAGCCAGCAAGCACAUUUCCCCCAGUUCUCCUAUUCUGCUAGCAUAAGAGAGUGAUAGCAUCUCUGACGCACACACACACACACAUACAUACAUACACUCAAACACUCAAACACAAACACAUAACAAAAACACAGGAGGCAUGAACAUCCCUUACAGCUUAAUAAACAACCAAAACCUCCACCUUUAAUGAGGUUUUUUUUGUCCCAGAUGGAUCUAAGUGCCUCAGCUGGCGGCCAUAUUGCUCUAUAGAAACCCUCUCCAUCCACACUACAGACAAAGCCUGGGCACACUGGCUGUACUGUAUCAAACUGGACUUCAGUACCUCACAUAGUCAUCAGCACAACUCAACAACACAAUCAGGACUCUUGUCUGUAGCACCUUUGGAUGGCCUGUAAACAACAACAACAACUGCUGCUGCUUUUUCAGACUGUAAACCACCUGUACAUUUUUAUAACGCUCUCCUUUUUUUACGGUCUCAUGAGAAGCCAUUACAGUCCCUUCAUGACAUCUCAAAGUGCUCUUCUUCAGAACUAGCUGUUACCACUGGUGAUAAGACAGGUUCGUAAUACGAGGGAGGAAGAAGCGUGGCAGUUUGUUGGGUGUUUUUUCUGUUAGGUGUAUGUGUGUGGAUUUUUUUUUGUUUGUUUGUUUGUGUGUGUCUGUUUCUUUCUUGUUUUUCUGUUAAAGAAAAUAGGGGCAUCAAAUCCAAACCGUGUGCGUUUUUCUACAACACUUGCCCGACGUGCGUCAGGAACAACAGAUGAACGGAUAACACGCGAUGAUCAAAGUGUCUUGACGGAGAAAAGCUUUGACUCAGUCAACCGUGAGGAGUCGGAGAGAGAGAGAGAGGCUGUCCUUUUCUUAAUCUGUAUGCAAUGAAAACAAAUCACUGGUAUAUGAGUUUGCUCUCACCUCAGACUGUGAUCUUCAUUAACAGAUCUGUCAAGUGCGACAGCAAUUCAUGGGAAUUGGGAAUACCUUAAUGCACAAGGUGUAUAUGUUAUUUAAACAAGGUUUUUUUUUUGUUUUUUUUUUCCCUUUUUUAAUUCUAACACAUUUUUUGAUCUUUCUUGAUCAGCAAAACACACACCAAACUGUCAGAUACCAAAACUUGGCAUCAAAUGUCUGGUCAGAUUUAUAAUCCUGUUAACUUUUUUUUUUUUUUUUUUUUUUUUUUGAUCAGAUAGUUCUGACAUUUGGCCAGUUUUAGAUUAUUUAAUUUCAACUUGUAUAGCUUCUUGUGUUUAGACAGCAUCAUUUAACAUUUGAGAACUUUGGCUUUUUCUUGUUCUUUUUUUUUUUUUUUUUUCCCGUUGAAUGAUAAACAGAUGUACAAACACUCAAAGUAAGGUAUCACCAUAUCAAAGAGCAUCAUUUUUUUGGUAUCUGUACUGAAACUCAGGUGUUAUAUUGGCGCUAUCAUUGAAACAUUUCUAAGUAUAACCAGCCCGAGCACCAAACUGAUUUCGUAGCACUUUUAGAGAACGUGUUCAUACUCAGAAUGUCGCCCUUUCUUGACGUUCAAAGCUAAUUCUGUAAUUUUUGCAGUUCACUCAUACCUAUGUAAUAUCUUAUCUUAGUAGCCUUUAUACGAAAGCCUGUCUUUGCUUACAUCAUAACUCAUAACCCAUCUUAAACUUAACUUGCUGGAGAUUUUACAAGUUUGACAUUUGUAGCUGACAGUUGACACAUUUUUAACGUGCUCCUGGCACGUUUGAGUAUCUUUUCAUAUUUUUUUGUAAAUCUUCCUGUUCUUACAGUGCUCCAGUGCAUCCACACUGCUGCUGCUGCUUUUCAGACUUGAAUGUGCCACUAGAUUUGAUUGGACACGUUUUGCUGGAGAGCUUAAAAAAAAAACUUAAAAAAAAAAUAAUAAUAAUAAUCAUCCAGCGAGCUGUUUAUAUCAUGAACAUGAUCCAUUGUGAGAUUUUGUGUUUGAGUGCAAUGUGGACUUGCAAGGGUUAUAUUUUAAGUUCUUCCCAUUUGUUAUUAACAACAUGAAAUGGUAACCACGAAGGGGUGCAGCAUUGAGAUUUGCAAUACUGGGUGCUAACACUGUAAAUGAAAACGCACCCAACGUUGUGUCGGUGCUACACUGUUGAGUCUCACGCAGUCAGGAGCAGGUGAAGAAAAACCAGCUCAACUUCCCAUUGCUCUCAGAGCCUUUUACCACAUAUGCUGUUUUGAAAUAAUUUCCGUUAUUUCUGUUUAGUUUUUUGUUUAGGUUUUUUUUUGUUUUUUUUUUUUGUCUUGUUUAUCUUCUAGUUUUACUUCUGGACUUGCUGUUUUCUCCUCAUCCUUCCUCUAUUCAGAUAGUCUCAAAUUAAGGAAUUUCAUAAUGGUUGAAAAAAAAAAAAAUGUAUGUGUUUUUCAGUUACAUUAUUCUAUUAAACAGUUCAUUUCUA